UAGGUGAGGAGGCUAUAAGAAGUGAUGUUAUUGUGUCUGGCUAGAGAAUCCAAUACUACCAAAAACAAGAGCAACAAAACGGCUUUGUAUAUCGUUCUAUAAUAUAUAUAGAAGAACUUAGUUCUGGUUAUGGCUUCAUCAAACAGACACUGGCCUAGUAUGUUCAAGUCCAAGCCCUGCAAUAGCCACCACCAAUGGCAGCAUGAGAUCAACCCAUCUCUCAUCACCGGUGGAUUAUGUCACAGAGCUCCGUUCACUUCUGUCGUUGGUGGCUGCGAUGAGAGGAGUCCCGAGCCAAAGCCGAGAUGGAACCCGAAACCCGAGCAAAUUCGAAUCCUUGAAGCGAUCUUCAACUCUGGCAUGGUCAAUCCCCCGAGAGACGAGAUAAGAAGGAUCAGAGCUCAGUUGCAAGAGUACGGACAAGUGGGCGAUGCCAAUGUGUUUUACUGGUUUCAGAACAGAAAAUCUAGGAGCAAACACAAGCUUCGCCAUCUCCAAACCUCAAAACAUCAUCAUAGUAACAACCCUCAAACUACUACUACUACAGCUCCUUCGUCUUCGUCUUCUUCGUCCUCGGAGAAUAAAACUGCGUCUCCAAAAGCACCCGCCAGAGGCUUCUCGUCGAACCUAGCCACUCGUCAUGAUCAUCAUCAGACCAGUCCAACUGCUUCGGUCAAUAACCAGACGAUCUUUCAGACCAACAACGUUAACAGUCACGAGUUCUUAUCACCGACCGAUCACCACUUUUUCUUCCCGGCUCCGACUACUACCACUACUACCAGUCAAGGUUUUUGCUUCCCUCAAAAUCACGAGCUCUCACAUGAAAUAGGGCCUUGUACCAGUCUUUUACUCAGCGAGAUCAUGAACCACAAUCAUCAUCACUACGUUGACUCAAAGAAAGAUCACGACCUGAAUAAUUAUCACAAGAAUUUGAUGAAGAUGAGCACAAACGACGAUGGUCAUUCUCAUCAGUUUAGUUACGCUAGUCUGACCCCGACGCCGAGGACGCCCAGUAACGUCGUCGUUUCAUCUACUACUACUUCUACUACCGUGUCUGCUCCACCUGUCCCCGUCAAUCAAAUCCAAGAAGAUCAGGGAGUCGUGGGGCCACCAGGCGGUGGUGCGGCUAAUAACAAAACUAUGGUGUUCAUAAACGAUGUGGCGUUCGAGGUGGCCGAAGGACCGUUCAACGUGCGCGAGGCUUUUGGCGAAGACGCCGUGCUAAUCCACGCAAAUGGUCAGCUCGUUCCCACCGACGAGUGGGGUGUCACUCCUCACUCCCUCCACCACGGCGCUUUUUACUAUCUGAUUUAGGAGCUUAUAUAGUGGGAUUAUUAUUCUACGAGAGUCGAGACAAUUUGAAGCUAGCUUUUGGAUUAUUAGGGUUUCAAUGAUCAUUGCUUCUUAUAUUAAUUUUUCGUUUAUUAUGUAUUAAUUAAUUCUCUUGUUUUUGAACCUCUCUUUUGUUGUUUUUUUUUUGUACUUCUAAAAAUAUAUAUUUUAGCUUUAUGUUAUUAUCAUCUCUCUUUUCGACAAUGAAAGUAUUAUGAGGAAAGAUAUAUUUAUA